UCGACAAUUUUUACUGAAGUGGCAACACUCAGUUUAAGGACGUAAACUAUUUUUACCAAAUAUAAAAAAUAUAAAAAACAAAGAGUGCUUCGAAUUGCAAGUUAAAAGAAACUUGGCCCAAAACAGUUGGUAAAACACGCAACACAAGUCGCUUAGGCGUCGACAAGGUUUACACAAUGACAACAGCCGUUCUUGGCGGCGGUAUCAGUGGCUUAUCAGCUGGUUAUUAUCUUCUGCGCCGAUUUGGCAAUCCGUUGACAAUCUAUGAGGCAUCACCUCGCGUCGGCGGCUGGAUACGUUCGGAAUGGCACAAGGAUCGUGGUUUUCUGUUUGAGAGUGGGCCGAGGACGAUACGCCCUAAAGGCAUACCGGGUGCCAAUACCCUGGAGCUAGUGGAAGAGCUGAAACUGCCAAUUAAACCGAUACCCCGCACCCAUGUGGCAGCGAGGAACCGCAUGCUCUACGCCAAGGGUCAGAUCUGUAUGCUGCCGAACAGUCCCAAGGGCUUAUUUGGCACGGUGCCUCCGUUUUCAAAGCCACUGUACAGACCACUUAUCCAUGAUCUGACCACAGGUGGCACACUGGCCAAAAACGAGGACGAAUCCAUUUACAGCUUCGCAGAGCGUCGAUUUGGAAAGGAAAUUGCCGACUAUGCCAUCAGUCCCAUGAUCUGUGGCAUUUGUGCCGGCGAUGCACGCGAGAUUAGUGUGCGAUUCCUAAUGGAGACACUCUUCGAGCAGGAGCAAAAGUAUGGAGGCGUGCUAAAGGGUGUGCUAUACUCCCGCUUCAAGGAUAAAGUGGAUGAGAGCAAAGUGGGUCUGUUUGCCCAAGGCGAGCCCAAGCUAUACACGCAGGCACGUCAAGAAAAGUGGGCCAUGUAUGGCCUGGCCGAUGGACUGGAGCAACUGCCUCGCACGUUACGCAAAUAUCUGGGUGAACAUAACGUUAACGUGCAACUGAGCAGCAAGUGCCAGAAUUUGAGCUUUAAUAGCGACGGUGCUCGGAUGAGCAUACGUGAUGCCGAUGUGCCUGUAUCCCAUGUGGUCAGUUCUCUGCCAGCUUACCAAUUGGCACAGCUGGUCAAGACGCAGCAUCCAUCGCUUUCCGGUCAACUGCUAAAUAUACCUUACGUCGAUGUCGUUGUGAUCAACAUGCAAUACGAUGGCAACCAGUUGUUAAAACAUAAUGGCUUUGGAUUGCUGGUGCCACCCGUGGAGCAACUGCCCGUGCUGGGUGUGAUCUUCGAUAGCUGCUGCUUUGACAUGGCUGGCAACACGGUCAUUACCGUGAUGAUGGGUGGUCGCUGGUUCGACAAGUGGUUUGGUCACCAGCCAAGCCAGAAAGAGCUACGGGAUGUUGCCCAGCGAUACGUGCACCAGAUACUGAACAUUAAGGAGGAGCCCAAGUUCAGCCGAGUGCACACGCUACACAAGUGCAUUCCCCAGUAUACAGUGGGUCACAAGAGACGUGUGGAGAGCAUUAGGGAUUACAUUAGGAGCUACAAGCUGCCAUUGUCGUUGUGUGGCGCUGCCUUUGACGGCGUUGGCAUUAACGAUGUCAUACUGUCUGCCCGCCGACAGGUAGAGCUGUUGCCCCUGCCAGGACACUGAUCCCAUUCCCCAACUGAUAUUUAAUAUUUCCAAUCUUAAUGAAUCAUUUCUUGUAUCUAUUUAAUGUGGUUUAAGGUUUGUGUGUGAUAUUCCAUUUGUACAUAAAAUUUUGUUAGUCAUCGUC